GGGCGGGCUUUCUCCCCUUCCCCCCAACCCCGGGCUCGCGCUGCUCACUUGGUCACCGGGAGGGGCCGGGAAGCAGAGGCGGAAGAAGGCGCCGGUGGAUGGGCGCGAGCUGGCGAUUUUGUAUUUUGUACAUACAUUGUUUUGUAUAUACUGUAUAUGAUGACUUCGGUGGGCAGUGAACGUACCCGGGGCACUCGGGACAAAAUGCAAAUUUCAGCCACACAGCCAACACAACCACAGAAACAAGUAGUACAGGCAACGGCAGAACAGAUUCGCCUUGCUCAGAUGAUCUACGAUAAGAAUGAUGCAGAUUUUGAAGAUAAAGUGAAACAACUUAUGGAAGUGACGGGGAAAAACCAGGAUGAAUGCAUAGUGGCACUACAUGAUUGUAAUGGGGAUGUGAACAGAGCAAUCAACAUACUGCUGGAAGGAAGUUCAGACACGACUUCCUGGGAGACUGUAGGGGGAAAGAAGAAAAGCCUUGGAAAGGAAGGUUCAGAAAACAAAGAGAACAGAGAGAAACGAGGGGACAGAGAAGUGAGUCGUGGCAGGGGAAGUUCCAACAGACGGGGAAGAGGAGGCAGCCGUGGACGAGAGUUUAGAGCUGAAGAGAAUGGGGUGGACAACAAUCAAGGAGACAAGCCUUCAGACCGUGGGAAACGUGGCCGUGGGAGAGGGAUUGGACGUGGCAGAGGGAGAGGAGCGGGGAGGUUUUCAGCCCAAGGCAUGGGGACAUUUAAUCCUGCAGACUAUACGGAGUCUUCUGCCACUGAUGGCUUUGGGACAAAGUCAGAGAUCUGGGAGACUGGUCAGAAUGAUGCAGAUGAUGGAACUGGAGCGUGGAAAAACUCAAUAGAAGAAUGGACAGCAGAAGACUGGAAUGAAGAUCUUUCUGAAACAAAAGUCUUCACUUCAUCUUCUGUUCCAGCUGAAAAUCAUGUGACUCCUGGGCAAAGCAUUGAUUUGGUGACACUGCUUCAAAAGCCGGUGACAUCUACCCAAGAAACAGAAGGAAACUCAUUUGAGUCUCCCCAGCAGCAGACCUUUGGCCAAGCCUUAGUAUUCACAAAUUCUCAGCACAGCACCCAGAUGACAUCAGGAACAGGCAGCUCCAAUGCUGUAAACUCUUAUUCUCCUCAAAGUCUGUCGGCAGUUCUUUGUUCUGGCUUUGGAGAGCUAAGAUCCUCUAAACUGGCAAACUCUGCUGGCUCCCAAAUCUUGGACCAAUUGAAAUCACCAGGAUUGGGUCAGUUUACCUCUCAACAAACCAAUAGCAAUUCUGCCACCACGAGCACAGCUGCUGCGUCAUCCUGGGAUCUAAAACCACCUAGUACUCAGUCAUCAGUCCUCAGUCAGUUUGACUUUAAAUCCCAGCCUGAGCCAUCUCCAGUUCUGAGCCAGCUGACCCAGCGACAGCAACAGCAAAUGCAGGUGGUUCCUGUUCCUUCUCCUGGACUGGAGUCGUCCUCCUCCCAGGCAAAACUCCGAGAGCCAUCACCAGUAGACACCUCUACAGCUGUUAGCAAAAUAUUACAGCUCCCCUCUAUUUCUAUGGAUAACCAGGCAGUGACUGUUCAACAAACCCAGCAGAAGCAGAUUAAACCACCAAAAAGGAGGAUAACUCCAGCAUCCAAGAUUCCUGCCUCUGCUGUGGAGAUGCCUGGAUCAGCUGACAUGACAGGGUUAAAUGUUCAGUUUGGAGCUCUUGAGUUUGGAUCAGAGCCUACACUCCCAGAGUUUGGAUCAGCUUCAAGCAGUGAGAAUACCAGCCAGGCGACCAACAAUAGCUUAUAUUCAAAAUCAGUAAAUGAUUCUUUGAAUACCUCUUUGCCAGUAUCCAAUACAGUACAGGACUCCACCUACACAACCUCUGCCAUCAGCUCUUCCAGCUUGACCUGCUCAUCCCAGAGCACUAGCCCAGUAACAACUUCCUCCUAUGACCAGACUUCUGUGCAUAGCAGGAUAGCAUACCAAAGCUCCAUGGCCUUGUCUGAACCAACCCCUGUUGCAGUUACGAAUGGGCACAGUGGUGUUAGGACACAGGCAACACUUGACACUACUUCAUCAGUUGCAGCACCUAAGACAGAGCCUUCUCCCUCACUACCUUCAGCUGGUUCUCUGCCCAGUGUGGUGUCCACCACGGCCUCGCUUCUGCCUUCAGCAUCGCAGCAUGUGGCAGUGUUGCCCAGCUUGCCUCAGUGCAGUGAUCUGGCCAGCAGCUCACUCUCCCAGCUGAGCAGCUCCCUUUCUAAUCAUCAGAGCAGCCUCUCUCCUGCCUCAGUGUUGUCUUCAAGCACAUCACAUGUGCACACUAGUAUUGAGAACACAACUUCGCUCCAGCCCUCAACAACCUUUUCAACUGCUUCAACCUCAGCCACUAGCACCACCUCCUCGGUUGUCAGCAUGGCAAGCAGUAUGAACACUACAAACAGCCUUGGCCUGGGUGUUACCAGUGUGUCUAUACCAGCUGCUACCACACGGGCAGCUCCAUUAGUGUCUUCAGGCAAAGCUCCCCCAAACCUGCCCCAGGGUGUACCACCCUUGUUGCAUAACCAGUAUAUUGUGGGACCUGGAGGACUUCUGCCUGCCUACCCACAGAUUUAUGGUUAUGAUGAUCUCCAGAUGCUUCAAUCCAGGCUACCAAUGGUAAGUAAAUGGCUUACUUAAUU